AUGCAAAAGGAAAUCGAAAAUGAUGAAAGGGUAAAUGCAGGAAACAACAGAUUACCCGCCAUUGCAACUCUCAAUCAGCUUCCUCCUCUUGUAGUCUUUGGAAGAACGGUCUUUAUCUUCCCUCUCCUUUUUAUUCUCACAGUAACUGCUAUAAAAGAUGGAUACGAGGAUUGGAGAAGACACAUAUCAGACAGAAAUGAGAAUAACAAAGAAUCUCUUGUGAUAAUCCCUUGUGACAUGGUGCUAAUGUGGACAAGUGAUCCUAGUGGCAUUGCUUACAUACAAACCAUGAAUUUAGAUGGAGAGUCGAAUUUAAAGACACGUUAUGCUAGACAAGAAACAUCCUUAAUGCCAUUAGGGUCAAUAUCAGGGGUGAAAAACACAAAAUGGGUUAUAGGUGUUGUUGUGUAUGUUGGACAAGAGACAAAAGCUAUGCUAAAUAGUGCAAUUUCCCCUUCAAAAAGAAGCAGACUUGAACAAGCAAUGAACUCAGAAACUAUCUGGUUAUCUGUUUUUCUAUUCAUAUUGUGUCUAGUUGUUGCUAUUCGGAUGUGUUUAUGGCUGAUGAGUCAUCAGGAUGCAAUUGAUACGAUUCCUUAUUACAGAAAUAGCUAUCUUAUAAAGGGAAAGUUUCCAGAAAAAUCGUAUAAAUACUAUGGGAUUCCAAUGGAGACGUUUUUUGCGUUUUUGAGUUCUGUUAUUGUGUUUCAGAUCAUGAUUCCGAUAUCUUUAUACAUCACCAUGGAAUUGGUUCGAUUAGGUUAA